AUGUUGGAAUGGAGCACGGCCGGCAGCCAUCUUGUAAGAGUUGCUGAUACAUCUGUGGGGAGAAUGUGACUGCUGAAAGGUUACGUGGAUGUCUGCUCUGCUGUUUUAAUGAGAACGCAUGUCGACCAACGUUAUUCAACAGCUCUGCAGUAGAAUCUGUUGAACUGGCCGUUAGCUCAUCAACAAACAAAAUACAAAGUACAGUCAACGUUACUAAUUAAAGUACACUAUAUAUACAAAAGUUUGUGGACACCCCUUCAAAUUAGUGGAUUUGGCAAUUUCAGCCACACCUGUUGCUGACAGGUGUAUAAAAUCGAGCACAUAGCCAUGCAAUCUCCAUAGACACAAAUGCUACCUGCCCCAAUGCAUAGUGCCAACUGUAAAGUUUGGUGGAGGAGGAAUAAUGGUCUGGGGCUGAUUUUCAUGGUUCGGGCUAGCCCCUUAGUUCCAGUGAAAGGAAAUCUAAACGCUACAGCAUACAAUGACAUUCUAGACGAUUCUGUGCUUCCAACUUUGUGGCAAUAGUUUGGGGAAGGCCCUUUCCUGUUUCAGCAUGACAAUGCCCCUGUGCACAAAGUGAGGUCCAUACAGAAAUGGUUUGUUGAGACCAGUGUGGAAGAACUUGACUGGCCUGCACAAAGCGCUGACCUCAACCCCAUCGAACACCUUUGGGAUGAAUUGGAACUCCGACUGCGAGCCAGGCCUAAUCGCCCAACAUCACUAAUGCUCUUGUGGCUGAAUGGAAGCAAGUCCCCCGCAGCAGUGUUCCAACAUCUAGUGGAAAGCCUUCCCAGAAGAGUGGAGGCUGUUAUAGCAGCAAAAGGGGGACCAAAUCCAUAUUAAUGCCCAUGAUUUUGGAAUGAGAUGUUCGACGAGCAGGUGUACACAUACUUUUGGUCAUGUAGUGUACCUCUGCUAAAACAAUUAUUUAUAGCUAACUGGAUUUUAGUAGACAUGAGAAGUCUUGAAAUCCCCAAUGAUUUCUUUGUAAAAUAUUUAUCACUGGACUAAAAACAUAAAUAAAAAAACGAACCGAAUGUUAUGUUUUUUUGUUCCUCAGGAGUUUGAAGAGUUUAACAAGAGGCUGGGUGAUGUGUCCAGACACGUCCGGGUCCCUCUGCCUGUGUCUAAUGUCCUGUGGGAACACUGCAUCCGUCUGGCCAACAGGACUCUGGUGGAGGGGUAAGUUGUUUACUUGCAUAUACUAAAUACUUGGACUGAUUUAUAGUUAAAAACAUGAAUGUUUCAGCAGAUAUCAUUGGAGAGGCGAGUAGGCUUCAGAAGAUGGAGAAACAACUCCUGCUUACUUUGAUUUACAAAAUACUUUUAUGGAUUUCUAGAUAUCUGCUGAAAAAGUUGUUAUACUGCAGCAUUUAUUAAGGGGCUGAGUGGGGCCUUAUCCAUCAUAUUAUUCCAGUAAAUAAAAAAUAUGCAAAAAUAGUAAAUAUGGCUCUUUGUAUCCACCUAUAGUUUAUGUGAUAGUGUAUUUUAAAAGUAAGAAUCAGCCCUUUAAAAAAGAUAUAUAUAUACUUUUUUUUAUGAGCAGCAAAAAGCUGCUGACUAGUUGUAAUGCCAGCAAAGAUCUUCUGAUAGGCACGGCAGGAAAAAGAAAAUGUUUGAACACAAACCUACUGCUCAUUCAAUGAUGGCUUAUAGCAAUAGUUAAUCACUCGGGGAUAUGCUAGUAUGUACCUGUGGAAUACAGGGAUUUACUGCCAGUGGAUUGGAGAGGUGUGGUAAUUUUUGCUGCCUCAUUCAUCUCUUAUUUUGACGUAUUUCGCCUUUUUGGUCGAGGGGCCUGUUCUUUGCUCCCAGGUACGCUCAUAAAUAUGAGCGCUGUUCGCGUGUCAUAUGCCGAAUACCUCAGAUGAGUUAUUGAUUAAGGCCGGCUUGGAGCCCCUGUCGUCUCCUGCAGUAAGACACCACCACAAGGUGCUUCAAGCCCGACCAUCGAUCAAGAAAAGUUUGAAUAUAUUUUCUUUACUCCCCUCCCCCCCACCCCCUCUUUUUCUUCUCAAGCUUUGAACAUCCUCUUGUUGGAACAUCUGCUUGUCAUAAAUGAAAAAAAACUACAUGUUAGAGUACCGCAAAGGAACACGCCGAUUGCCUACUAGAUAAGAACUCGAGAUGUGAGCAUUCCAAGCUUUUCUCCAGCUUUCUCUCAUUCUCCUGAGACAACUCCUCUUCAGUCCUGUCAUCCCCUCCAUAUGGUAGCAACUAGCUAACUCUUUGUGCCUCUUUCUCCCCAACCCCAACACUCCAUCCCAGGACUGUUAUACGUUCUGUUAUAGAGACCCCACAGGGAACAUGUCUGACACGAGGCUGGCCUGAGUCCCCUCUAAACACUUGACACAUUCUAAAUGGCUCCCAUAACAACCAUAUCCCUCGCUAGUCAGUCAAAGGUUUGGGGCCUGAAAGAGACAAAUGCAUUUUUUCCUCAAAUCAGCACUUGUACCCUCUUUCUCUGUCCAAUGCAUUAUUUAUGGUGUGUGUGUGUGUGUGUGUGUGUGUGUGUGUGUGUGUGUGUGUGUGUGUCUGUGUGUCUGUGUGUCUGUGUGCGUGUGUGUGAAGUAGGAGUACUGGCAGGCAGGGUUUUAUAUGGCCAGGUGAGACAUCCUCUUUAGGCCAGAGAGGCAUGGCAUUAAUGGAGGCGACAUGGGGAAAUAAAAAGCUUUCAUAAUACCUCUGACCAUCUUGUGAUUAAGUUUUAAAAAGAUGAGGCACAAGCACAACGUUUCUGAGAGUGUUACAUAGUGGUGGACUGGUAGGGAACUGGGUAGUGUGUUUUUUUUUUUUUUAAAUCCAGGUUGAUUUUGCUGAGCUGGACUGUAAGGCAGCUCAAUUCUGGUAUUUUUGCCAGUAAUUGGUCUUUUGACCAAUCACAUCAGAUCUUUUUACAUCAGAUCUUUUUAGUGCAGAUCUGAAAAAAGAUCAGAAUUGGGGCUGCCUGUGUAAACGAAGUUUGGAAGUUUAGAGUUCAGAAGGCCAGGGCUAGGGUUAGGUAGGGUUUUAUGUUCUAAGGCCAGGGCUAGGGUUAGGUAGGGUUUUAUGUUCUAAGGCCAGGGAUAGUUAGGGUUUUAUGUUCUAAGGCCAGGGAUAGUUAGGGUUUUAUGUUCUAAGGCCAGGGCUAGGAUAGUUAGGGUUUUAUGUUCUAAGUAGUUAGGGUUUUAUGUUCUAAGGCCAGGGAUAGUUAGGGUUUUAUGUUCUAAGGCCAGGGAUAGUUAGGGUUUUAUGUUCUAAGGCCAGGGCUAGGGAUAGUUAGGGUUUUAUGUUCUAAGGCCAGGGCUAGGGAUAGUUAGGGUUUUAUGUUCUAAGGCCAGGGAUAGUUAGGGUUUUAUGUUCUAAGGCCAGGGAUAGUUAGGGUUUUAUGUUCUAAGGCUAGGGAUAGUUAGGGUUUUAUGUUCUAAGGCCAGGGCUAGGGAUAGUUAGGGUUUUAUGUUCUAAGGCCAGGGCUAGGGAUAGUUAGGGUUUUAUGUUCUAAGGCUAGGGAUAGUUUGGGUUUUAUGUUCUAAGGCCAGGGCUAGGGAUAGUUAGGGUUUUAUGUUCUAAGGCCAGGGCUAGGGAUAGUUAGGGUUUUAUGUUCUAAGGCUAGGGAUAGUUAGGGUUUUAUGUUCUAAGGCUAGGGAUAGUUAGGGUUUUAUGUUCUAAGGCCAGGGCUAGGGAUAGUUAGGGUUUUAUGUUCUAAGGCUAGGGAUAGUUAGGGUUUUAUGUUCUAAGGCCAGGGCUAGGGAUAGUUAGGGUUUUAUGUUCUAAGGCCAGGGCUAGGGAUAGUUAGGGUUUUAUGUUCUAAGGCCAGGGAUAGUUAGGGUUUUAUGUUCUAAGGCCAGGGAUAGUUAGGGUUUUAUGUUCUAAGGCCAGGGUGGAUAGUUAGGGUUUUAUGUUCUAAGGCCAGGGAUAGUUAGGGUUUUAUGUUCUAAGGCCAGGGCUAGGGAUAGUUAGGGUUUUAUGUUCUAAGGCUAGGGAUAGUUAGGGUUUUAUGUUCUAAGGCCAGGGCUAGGGAUAGUUAGGGUUUUAUGUUCUAAGGCCAGGGCUAGGGAUAGUUAGGGUUUUAUGUUCUAAGGCCAGGGAUAGUUAGGGUUUUAUGUUCUAAGGCCAGGGAUAGUUGGGUUUUUGUUCUAAGGCCAGGGUAGGAUAGUUAGGGUUUUAUGUUCUAAGGCUAGGGAUAGUUAGGGUUUUAUGUUCUAAGGCCAGGGCUAGGGUUAGGUAGGGUUUUAAGUGCUAAGGACAGGGCUGGGGUUAGUUAGGGUUAGUCAGGGUUAGUUAGGGUUUUGAAAAGGAAUCACAAUACAGGAAAGCCAGGGUUAGGGUUUUGGGAAAAGAUAUCCCAAAGGUGUACAACUAACAUGUAAUACACUAUACAGGGUCCUCUUCAUUCUCUACUUCACACAUCAUCAUGGACAUGGCCUGUGUAUCAGUAUUAGACCUGUGGAGCUCCUUCACAAGUGUCUGCCUCUCUCAGCUCUCAGUCUUUCCCUCUCAGCUGCCCUCCCAGACUGGGUUUAGUCUCUGGGAUUCCCAUCCCUGUGUGUCCCCAAGGUCCUGGACUGACUGAGGCUGCAUCCCAAAUGGCACUCUAUUCCCUAUAUAGUGCACUACUUUGGGCCCUAUGGGCCCUGGUCAAAUCAGAUCACGCCAAGUCACCUCCCUCCCCCCACCACUAUGAUAGAGUGGCUAGGCAAGUCUGUCUGUCUAUUUGUUUGUUUUGCUCGUUCACUUGUUUGCUGUAUUUGUUAUCUUCAUUCCCACUCCCAACUGGACUCCUCAGAGAGGAGAUGGAGCCGCUUGACAGUCUGACUCACCACUCACUGUCUCACCCUGGGGGACUGGCAACCUCAGAGACAGAGGGAGAGGGAGAGGGAGAGAGGGGCAGAGAGAGAGGGGAAAGGGAUGGAGGGAGAUCGAGAUAGGAGGGAGGCAGGGAGAGAAAGGAAGAAAGAGAGAAAGAAAGAAAGAAAGAAAGAAAGAGAGAGAAAGAGAGACAGGAGGAGAGAGGUCUCUCUCACAGUAUGUCUCUUUCCCAGAAAGCAAUUACGCCUCUGUCAAGACCAGCGCCAACAUGGAUGUCAGCAGCCACUGAUCUGGUGGACGUGGUUCCACUCCACUACACACACACUAAAAUCCAGACAUGCUGCGAAGAUAACGUUUAUAAAGUGAACAAUAUGAAUAUAUAAAUGUUACUUGUUGAACUUUUUUUGGACUAAAAGAAACUGAGAACCCUUGAACUGUCUGGGACAGCAGAAUUAAGAUUGAACCCUUAAGGCUCUGUCGAUUUCAGAUUUUCUCAGUUUUACAUUUUUGUUCUUCAUUCAUGUGCCUUGGGCACUAAGAAUACAAAUGCCAUGUUUUUAGAACGUUGCUAAUAAACAACUCUGGAUUCUGAGCUUCUGUCAACAAAAACUAAACUUAUUCUAUCGUUAAUUCUGAACUAUUGUCUCCCAGAAUUAAUUUUUAAAAGUAUUCAAAAAGUCAACUUGUGUCUCCUGUUCUGUCCUGUAGCUAUGGUAAUGUGAAGAAGUGCAGUAACGAGGGGCGGGCCCUGAUGCAGCUGGACUUCCAGCAGUUCCUGAUGAAGCUGGAGAAGCUGACAGACAUGAGGCCCAUCCCUGAUAAGGACUUUGUGGAGACCUACAUCAAGGCCUACUACCUGACUGAGAAUGACAUGGAACAGUUCAUCAAGAACCACAGGGUGAGGAAUGCUCACGUUAGCUUUGGAUUUACAAUAUAAUGAUAAUUAUUCACUCAGUCUGCUCAAUGUGCUAAUGUGAAUUCUAUUGGGGGUAGCUCAACCCCGUUUACCAGCAAUGUGUAGCACAAAUCUUGUAAUGUGCUUGCCUAUGGCAUCAUUGGUAUCCAAAACAUGUGCAGUGAAAACGUAAUAGUUAGCCUCAAUCUUACCUAAUGUAACUGUGGUUAUCUGGGACUAAAGACUAUCUGGAACUGAAGGCAAUCUGAGACUAAAGGCUAUCUGAGACUGAAGGCUAUCUGAGACUGAAGGCUAUCUGAGACUGAAGGCUAUCUGAGACUGAAGGCUAUCUGAGACUGAAGGCUAUCUGAGACUGAAGGCUAUCUGAGACUGAAGGCUAUCUGAGACUGAAGGCUAUCUGAGACUGAAGGCUAUCUGAGACUGAAGGCUAUCUGAGGAUCUGAAGGGUUCUAUCUGAGACUUAACUUAAGAACUAUCUGAGACUGAAGGUCGUCAGGCUAUCUGUAGCUGAAGACUGCUGCUCCUGGGACUGAAGGCUAUCUGAGACUAAAGACUGUCUCUCCAUAAUGUGUGUCCGUCUGUCUGUCCCACCAGGAGUACUCCAUGAAGCAGCUGGCCAACCUGGUAAAUGUUUGUCUGGGUUCUCACAUCAACAAGAAGGCCCGGCAGAAACUCCUGGCGGCUAUCGACGACAUCGACAGACCAAAGAGAUAG